CCGCCCUCCUCCCUCCUCUCCUCGCCGUCACGCGCUCGGCCGCCUCUCUCCCUCUCUCUCCUUAAACCAUCCUCGUCUUCUGCAACUGCAAGCAAUCCAAAACCCCAACCCCCGAGGUUUUAUCCCGCGCGGGCAUGGAAGGCGUCGCGAGGUCGCGCCUUCUCGUCCCGCUCCUUCCCAGGAUCUCCGCCCGCUGCUUCUCCGCCGCCUCCCCCGCGUCAGGGCCCGCGGAAGCCGCGGCCGCCGUCGCCGCCUCCGAGGCGGAUUACUCGUCCCCCGCGGGCGACCCCUCCUCCGCUACGCCUCCGCCGACCCGCAAGCCGCUGGGCCUGCUCAAGGGCAGCAUCCUCGCGGUUGUCGCCGCGGCGGUCGGCGCCACAGGCUACGUCAGCUAUGCUUAUUCUCUGGAUGAGAUUGAUCAGAAAACACGUGAGUUCCGGAAGAAUUCGAAGGAGCCCAUCCGUGAUGACCUGUCUGGUUUCGAGAAGUUUCAGGCUAUGGCUUAUUCAGCAGCCAUGAAAGUUCCCGUUGCUGCUAUUGAGUUCUAUCUGGAUACCAGGAGCCAAAUAGAAGAUCAAAUUCGUGGCUUUAGCGAACCAUCAUCAGAUAAACUUCUUCCAGAUCUACUUCCUCAAGACCAGCAUGUCUUCACCCUAGUUCUGGAUCUGAAUGAGACUCUUGUAUACUCAGAUUGGAAGCGUGAACGAGGAUGGAGAACUUUUAAGAGGCCAGGAGUGGACGCCUUCUUGGAACAUCUUGGGAAAUUCUAUGAAAUUGUUGUGUACUCUGAUCAGCUGAGUAUGUAUGUUGAUCCUGUUAUUGAAAGACUGGAUCCAAAGGGCUAUGUUCGGCACAGGUUAUCAAGAGUCGCAACUAAAUAUGAAAAUGGAAAACAUUAUCGGGAUUUAUCAAAGCUAAACAGAAAUCCAGCGCAAGUUAUUUAUAUCAGUGGGCAUGCUCUUGAGUCAUGCCUGCAGCCAGAAAAUUGUGUUCCGAUCAAACCUUGGAAGCUUGAAAAUGAUGACACGCAACUACUUGAUCUUAUUCCCUUUCUUGAAUAUGUUGCUAUGGCAAGACCUUCUGAUAUCAGGACUGUUCUUGCGUCUUAUCAAGGCCGUGAUAUACCUACUGAGUUUAUUGAGCGUUCAAAGGAACACCAGAGGCGCAUGCAGGAGCAAAAGCAUCAGGGACGCUUAUGGCGAAGAUGAUGAUUAUUAUGUUUCAGAAGGAAACCUGAGUAAUCCAUAUGUUCUU